AUGUCCCCCCGCGAGCAAUUCAAGCCCGUCCGCAAAACCCCACUCGGCCGCGACGGCGGCAUGAACGCCGGGAUCCUAAUCGUGCGCUCGCGCGUCACAAACGCACUCUGCGUGGAAAAGCGCAUCCCCCCCUCAGUAAUAACCAGCGGUUUCGCGCUGCGCGAAGUCCGCGCCCUGCAGCAAUGCAACCACGCGCACAUAAUCGGACUAAGCGGCUUCGACCUCUCCCACUCCGCCACAGGCUACGGCAGCAUCUUCAUGCCCUACUGCGACCUGGGGUCCGUCAGCGCACUGCUAUCCCGACUCGCACGGCGCGGCGCCACGCUGCCUGACUCGGGGUUCGUGUGGAAAGCGCUGUGGGAUGUGUCGCUUGCGCUGGCGUAUCUGCAGACUGGGCGGGACGGGAUGAGCGUCGGGCGCGCUGCGAUGGGGGGGUCGAGUGUGUCGCGGAAGGAGGGCUGGAACCGGAUAUUCCACCGCGACAUCAAGCCUGCGAAUCUGUUUCUCACGUGGCAGGACGGGCUGGGCGCGAAUUCUAGCCCGUAUCCGAGUGUGGUGCUGGGAGACUUUGGGUGCGCGGUUAGUGAGCGCGAUAUGCGCGAGGCGCAGAGUACGAUUCCGUUUGCGUGUGAUAUGGCGUUUGUGCCGCCUGAGGCGCCGCGGUGGAGCGAGAUGGGGGAUGUGUAUAUGUUGGGGCUUGUGGGGUGGUGUUUGGCGGAGGGGGUGGGGGUGCCGGAUGCGAGGGAGUGUGAGGCGUUGGCGAGGGGGGUGGAGCGGAAGAAGGGGCUGGAGCGGGUUGUGGGGAUGUGUUUGCGGCUUAGGCCUGAGGAGAGGCCGCGGCCGGAGGAGUUGCCGGUUAGGGUUUGGAAGGCGUAUGAGGGGUGGAAGGCGGGGAGGAAGGAUCUUGGGCAGGCGUUGCCUGAGUGGGCGUUCAAGUCUUGA